GUACACGUGGGGUGAAGACAUGCUGAAGUGUUUACUUCGUUCAAUAGCAAUUGAAUCACCUAAAUUUUUAUAAAUACGUAUCAGUGACAUGUGAAAAUGUCGAGGCUCAUUGUGAAGAAUUUACCCCCCAGUGUUAAUGACACUAAAUUGAAAGAAAUAUUCAGUGAAAAAGGAAUUGUCACUGAUGUUCAGCUAAAAUAUACGAAGGAUGGAAAAUUUCGUAGAUUUGGCUUUGUGGGUUUCAAAACUGAGGAGCAGGCACAGGCUGCCUUAAAUUUUUUUCAUAAAACUUGCAUUGACACUGCGAGAAUUACUGUUGAACUCUGUGCCGGAUUGGGAGAUGCCUCGAAGCCAAAAUCAUGGAGCAAAUAUGCUCAAGAUAGUACAGCCCACAAGAACCUGACGAAAUCGGAAGAAAAAUCUCAAAAACCCGAAGAAAAGCCCCUAAAGAAAGAAAAACCCAUAAAGCAAGACGACGAGAUAAAGUCUCUCCUAGAAAAACACAAGGAUGAUCCCCUCUUCGCUGAAUUUAUGGAGACACAUGGAGCUGAUGGUUCUAAAAUCUGGGGAAAUGACACAGAAAAAUCCGCAAUUGAUUCUCAAGAACACCAAGAUCCUUCAGAAGAUGAAAAUUCAGAAGAUGAGGAAGAUUCCAGCGACGAUUUGGAGGAAAAAUCCCCAAAAAUUGCCGAUAAAAAGCUCUCUGAUCUCGAGUACAUGGAAUCCCUCAAGAAAAAAUCUGAUGUCUCGACCCCUAAGUCUAAGGACUGUCCAAAGAGCUUGGAGCAACCUUCGACUAAAUUCUACACUGUAAAGUUGAAAGGUCUUGGCUACAACCACAAGAAGAAACACAUAAAACAAUUUUUCAAUCCGUUGAAAGCAAAAUCCAUUCGAGUUCCUCAGAAAAUCAAGGGAAUUGCUUACGUAGGUUUUGCUACUGAGAAACAACGUAACCAGGCAUUGAACAAAGACAAGAGCUUCCUGGAGGGUAAGAGGAUAUUCAUAACAAAAUACGAGGAUGAUAAGAAAAGUGAAUCGAGUGGAGUGAGUUCCAUUGAUGGAAAAGCAGAGCCCAAAUGGAAGAAACAGGAAGAAGCCCUCAAGGAUGAGGAGGCUAUCGCAGAGUCCGGGAGAAUGUUCGUGAGGAACUUAUCGUACUCGACUACUGAAGAUGAUCUGAGAAAGGUCUUCGAGAAAUAUGGACAGAUCACAGAGGUAAAUCUACCAGUGGAUAAAGUCACCAGAAAAUUGAAAGGCUUUGGAACAGUGACGUUCAUGAUGCCGGAACAUGCAGCAAAAGCUUACUCGGAGCUCGAUGGAUCGAUCUUGAAUGGUAGAAUGCUCCACCUACUUCCCGGUAAAUCGAAAACCUCGAUAACGGACCUCCUGCAGACUCCCGGUUUGACGUUCAAAGAGAAGAAAGAACUGGAAAGAAAAGCGACCGCAAAUUCCUCCCACAACUGGAACACCCUCUUCCUGGGUCAGAAUACCGUGGUUGAGGCCAUAGCCUCUACCUACAAUACAACCAAGGAUAAAGUCCUGGAGGAUGGAGGGAAAGGUACAAGUGUGGCAGUUCGCUUGGCCCUUGGGGAGACCCAGCUCGUCGCAGAAACUCGUAAAUUCCUCGAGGAAAACGGAGUCCAACUGGAUGCCUUUAAUCAGGCAUCAGACAAGCGCUCUAAGACGAUUAUUCUAGUGAAGAAUCUUCCUCCAGGGACCAAAGCCUAUGAAUUGAGGGAGAAAUUCCAAGUUCAUGGGGAGGUAGGACGUGUGGUGAUGCCUCCCUCAGGGGUCACUGCUCUUAUCGAGUUCCUUGAGCCUUCGGAGGCUCGCAAGGCCUUCACCAGAUUAGCAUACACUAAAUUCAAACAUAUUCCGUUGUAUUUGGAGUGGGCACCUGACAACAGUCUGAUUCCUCGUGUGAAAAAUGAGAAAAAUAGGAAAGAGCUGGAGAACAAUGAAGCGAAGGAUGAGAAAAACGAGCCAAAGGUAGCGAAUAAAGAAGAGAAUGAAGACGAUGAAGAGGAUGAGGAGGAGCCAGAGCCUGAUACAACCCUUUUCGUUAAAAAUUUGAAUUUCUCAACCGACGAAGAGACUCUCAAUAAAUAUUUCAGCAAAUGUGGAAGACUGCAUUAUGCCACAAUCACCACGAAAAAGGAUUCCAAUAAUCCUGGCCAAAAACUCUCGAUGGGGUAUGGGUUUGUCAGGUAUAAAUUCAAGUCUGAUGCUGAUAGAGCUCUUAAAGAACUACAAUCAACGACUCUCGAUGGAAAAACACUGGAGUUAAAACGAUCGGAGAGGACACUCAAUUCCGAUGUCUCGACGACCAAGAAAACGAGCCAGAUGGGGAAUCAGACUGGAACCAAGAUUUUGAUUAAAAAUAUACCUUUUCAAGCGAAUGCUGAUGAAAUUACUGAAUUAUUCAAAGCUUUUGGGGAACUGAAAGCUGUGAGAUUGCCCAAAAAACUUGUGGGGCAGGAAAAACAUCGAGGCUUUGGAUUUGUUGAAUAUUAUACGAAGAGUGAUUCUAAGAGAGCCUUCAAAGCACUGUGCCAAAGUACUCAUUUGUAUGGCAGAAGAUUGGUACUGGAAUGGGCGCAGACAAUGGAAGACGUGGACGAUAUUAGAAAGCGAACAGCAAAACAUUUUCACCAAGAGCCACCGAGUAAGAGGAGUAAAAAAGCAACACUGGAUCCUGAGUCAGUGGGUUUAGAUGCUGAAUAAAAAUAUAUCUAUAGAAAUAUUCAUACUGUAAAUAAAAUGACAUUUACAUCAAUUGACUAAUGGAUUAUUAAUGCAUCGAGGAAUCUUAAUAGAUUAAUAAAUUGUUUUUGAAAGUAAAA